AGAAAAAUUGUUUUCUUCAGAAUCGUAAAGGUUACUAUAAACCUUUUCAAAUUCUAGCAAAUUUUCACUAUAUAAAUAUAUAUUCUUGCUGUUUAAUGCUAAAAAGAUUAAUUUUUUUUACAAAAAAUGGAAGUGGCAAAUUCUUCUUCUUUGGGUGUGAAGAUUAUUGAUAUUGCUGAUGAUAACGAUGAUAUUUUAGUCAUAUAUGAAACCCCAAAAGCUUCAAAAGGUAAAAGAAAAAAGUUUAUUAAACCAAUUUCAGUAGAAAAUUACUUUUGUUCAAAACCUAGCUGCAGUGGUACAAAAAAAGUGAUGAUUGAUAUUUCUGAUGAUGAAAUUGAGUUUUUGGGUACCAAAUUUGUACAAAAAUCGAAAGGGGUUUCGAAUAUCAAGUCGAUUGUUAUCGAUGAUGAUGAUGAUGUGAAUGAGUUGGUUGAUAAGUUGUUUACUUGUGAUAUUUGUGUUGAUGAAAAAUGUGUUAAUGAAGUUUUCAAGAUUAUGGGUUGUAGUCAUUCUUAUUGCAAAGAAUGUAUGGCUAAGUAUAUUGGUAUGAAGCUUCAAGAAAAUAUAUGUCGAAUUUCAUGUCCUGUUUCGGGUUGUAAUGGGCAAUUAGAGCCGUAUAAUUGUCGUUCGAUUUUGCCUAAGGAAGUUUUUGAUAGAUGGGGAGAUGUGUUGUGUGAGGCAUUGAUUAUGGGUUCGGAGAGAUUUUAUUGUCCGUUUAAGGAUUGUUCCGCGCUUCUUUUGAUUGAUGAAAAUGGUAAGAAUUCUGUUGUGAUUCAGUCCGAAUGUCCGGAAUGUAGGAGGUUGUUCUGUGCCAAGUGUAAAGUUGCUUGGCAUUCGGGGAUUGUAUGUGAAGAAUUUCAGAAGUUGAAUAAGGACGAGAGGGAAAAAGAGGAUUUGCAGCUUAUGCAACUUGCUAAGGGUCAAGCAUGGCAGAGAUGUCCGCGGUGUAGGAUAUAUGUCGCGAGAGCUGCUGGUUGCGCCCAAAUGGUUUGUAGGUGUGGAUGUGGCUUUUGUUACAAAUGUGGAGCUGAGUCAACUAAUCACCAUUGCAAACGCUGUGGUACUUAAAGACGUAUAUUGAACGGAUUGUAGAUAUCUCUCCAGAGGUGCAAAUGCGCGAUUUCUAGUUUUUUUUUAUCGUCGCUCUAGGGGUAUUUUAGUGAUAGGUUCUUAUUUUACUCAACUUGUGGAUAUAGAUUUUCAGAUUUGUGACUUAGAAGAGAUGACUAAAUAAAUAGCUCAAAUGACUUAUCUUCUAAUCAUUUGUAUGAAUGUUGGUUAUUGA